CCAAAACAACAUUGCAAUGGCAUCUUGACAGGUGUAUAUAUGACAAUUAAAUGCAAGAUCGUCGCGCUUCAUGUGACAUAUCAAUUUAUUUUGUUUCUUUUUCCGAAGUCGGCAGACAACAGGCUGUGAUUCACAGGCUGUGAAUUAAACCUAGUGCGUUAUUAAUUAAAUCUCUGUUAUGUGACAGUUAACAAGCUCACAUAUUAAGCUCCUAGCAGUCCAGUGCGAGUGAGUGUCAUUUGCCUAGCCUGUCUGUCUGCUACCCGGACGCCCCAUUAUCAAUAAGCCGUAUCACCCUGAUCGUUAAACUGCUUUAUCAGCAUCGCAAACGCGCAACUCCAGCUGAUUCCACGGACAUGCAUUAUCACAUCGCCGUAGCUGUCAUCUGGGCUGCUGUGUUUGUGGAAUCGAGGAAGAUCCGGGGCAUAUCUCUGUCUUAUAAGAGAUUUUACAAAGAGAGGAAGUCAUUCCUUUGCAUAGAUGGCUCAAAACUGAUUCCCUUCGAGCAAGUGAAUGACGACUACUGCGACUGCGCGGAUGGGUCCGAUGAACCUGGCACCGCAGCUUGUCCUAAUGGGCAUUUCUAUUGCACAAACUUGGGCUUCCGACCACACUACAUCCAGUCCUCCAGAGUCAACGACGGCAUCUGUGAUUGCUGCGAUGGGUCUGAUGAGUACAACAGCUCAGCCCACUGCCAGAAUACAUGCAGGAAUCUGGGGCAGAGGGAGCGUGCAGAGCUGGAGAAGAGGAUGAGGAGGCUCAACGAGGGCCUGCUGAUGAAGAGGCAGCUGGUGGAGGAAGGGGCCGAUGUGUGGAGAGAGAAACAGGCGGAGCUGAGUGAUCUCCAGAAGGUGGCGGAGGACCUGCAGAUUCGGUUGGAGUACCUGAGGAAAAGAAAGACCGAAGCCGAGGCGCUGAAGGAGGAAGCCCUGGCGGCGGCGCACCCUCCACCUCCACCUGGCCAAGAAGGCCCCAGAAGUCCGAUCAGAGCUGAGAUAAGCUUAGAAGGCCAUGAGCAGCCAAUGCAGGACACAGACAUACUCAUAGAUACAGACACAAGGCUUCAGCAGUGGAUGGACUCUGCAGAAAAGAGGGAAGAGUCUCCAAAGGAGCCUGAGGUGAGAGACGCAGGCACAGAGGACGACCCCGAUGUUAAAGCUGCGGUCGAAGCCGACACCGACGAAUCCCUGUUCUGGGCCACGGGGGCCGCUAACGAGGAUGAGGGGGAUAGAGAUGAAGAUAAGGCACUGACGAAAGAGUGCGCAGCAGCGUCAUGA